AUGUUUCCAUUGCGCCGUGUUGGCAGUAAGGUCUUGGAGCAAUGGCGUACUCCUCUUGUUUCGGCCAAAGUGCAAAAAAGUUACAGCACAGAAGCGUUCCCCCCUCGCGCUCUGACUAUGCUAACUGAAGAUGAACUCCAAAUGAAAGAUACAAUCAGAAAACUGGCAACAGAACAGAUCGCCCCUCUAGUCAGGAAGAUGGAUGAAGAACAUCGCAUCGACGACGGUAUCAGACAAAUGCUUUUUGACAAUGGUCUGAUGGGAAUCGAAACACCUACCGAAUACUCCGGUUCAGGCUGUGGUUUCCUAACAAUGAUGCUUGUAGUUGAAGAACUCUCGAGGGUAGAUCCCGCUGUAGCCGCUUACGUGGACAUCCACAACACUCUAGUCAACUCACUUUUUAUGAAGUUAGGAACCGAAGAACAGAAACAAAAGUAUUUGACCAAACUCUGCACGGAAUACGCUGGAAGCUUCUGCCUCACAGAACCUACGUCAGGGUCCGACGCGUUCGCCCUCAAGACCGUGGCAAAGAAGGACGGUGACCACUUUAUCAUCAACGGCUCCAAGAUGUGGAUCUCUAACUCAGAUGUCGCUGGGGUGUUCCUUGUUAUGGCUAACGCUGAUCCCUCAAAGGGUUACAAAGGUAUCACCUGCUUCAUAGUAGAGCGAGAGACUCCUGGUCUAUCAGUGGCUAAACCAGAAAACAAACUCGGCAUCCGCGCUUCUGGAACUUGCAUGGUCCACUUUGACAACGUCAGGGUACCAGAAAGUAAUAUCCUUGGUGAAUAUGGCAAAGGGUACAAAUACGCCGCAGGGUUCCUGAACGAGGGUCGCAUCGGUAUCGCAUCGCAGAUGAUCGGCCUGUGCCAGGGCUGCAUGGACGCCACCAUCCCUUACACGCUGGAGAGGAAACAGUUCGGCAAGAGCAUCUACUCCUUCCAGGGUAUCAGCUACCAGAUUGCUCACCUGCAGACUGAGCUGGAGGCUGCUCGUCUCCUCACUUACAACGCUGCCCGGCUCAAGGAGAACGGACUGGAAUUCGUCAAGGAGGCUGCCAUGGCUAAAUACUUCGCUUCAGAAAUCGCUCAAACGCUGACAUCAAAAUGCAUAGACUUCAUGGGCGGAGUCGGUUUCACCAAAGACUUCCCGCAGGAGAAGUUCUUCCGCGACGCCAAGAUCGGGACCAUCUACGAGGGCACCAGCAACAUGCAGCUGCAAACUAUCGCCAAGUUAAUAGAGAAGGAAUAUACACAAUAG